AUAGGUCUGGCUUUGAUAAGGCGACGUAAGGCAACAUGAACUUUAACAAUUUCAGUGAUAUAACAAAAAUCAUACAGGUCAGGAAUUACGUUAAAUGAUUAAUUUUACGUUUUUUUUAUUAACAUUGUGUUUGUUUGAGGGGUGGGGCUUGUUGGGAUAGAAGGCGGUUCCUUUUAUCAAACAGACACAGACUCUACAUACAUAAGACGUCAACUUCCCUCAAAAGUGAAAAGGAUCACAGCAGAGAGAAAGAGAGAGCUAUCAGAAAACAUCUGUUUCAAAGGAUUUUUAUUUCGUUUCUCUUCUGAAGUAGAUCAUGGGUGGCACACUUUUGUAUGUUAUGCUGAUCUUUCUGUCCAUAGGACUGAAUAAACAGGCGGCAGAGGGCUGCAGUUGUUUCCCAAUACAUCCUCAAAUUUUUUUCUGCAAUUCUCGAAUAGCUGUGAUUCUAGCUGAAGUAACCAGUGAGGAGAUUGUUAGUGAGGACACUAAAUCUGAUGGAUGGGGGUCAAUUCGAUACCAAAUCAAAGUGAUCAAGGUGUUCAACAGUUUUAACAAUACUAAGCAAAUUCAGUAUGUCUAUACACAUCAAGAUGAAGGCAUAUGUGGCAUCAGGUUGGAGCGCAGCCUCUAUGUGCUUUCAGGAACCUUAUGGAAUGAUGAUGGGAUUGUGGUGAAGAUGUGUAACCUUGUCAGGCAUUGGGACAGUCUGUCCUUAACAGAACAACAAAACCUCAACCAAACACUUCAGAUGAGCUGUAACUGCACGGUCUCUCUGUGUAUAGAAAAACCCUGUUGUGUCCAGUCUCCGAAAGAUUGUGUGUGGGUACCCUUCACAUCUCACGCUCUGGAGUACGCCUGUCUGGAGAACAGUGACGGUUCAUGUAGCUGGUACAGAGGAGAUUCAAAAGAUCCUCAAAAUGACAAGAUGGCCAUUUGCAAACCCAGAAGGUCAAGCACUGGAGCAGUGUCUCAUUUUUAAAGAUGCCGAGACAUGCUGUUCUUUUAAAAUAGUGAGGGCAAAAAGUAACGCGGGGUUAAUUGUAACAGCUAUUUUACAUACUGUAGUUACACGGGGCUGAGCAAUCUGUACUUUUGGUUUUUUUCUGUGAAUGUCAGAAAAUUAUCUUCUGUAAAUUUCUGCAAAGUUUUGAUGUGCUUUUAGUUAAGAUAUUGAAAGUGUUUUGGAGGAAUGAGGCAAGUAAAUCUCUUCAUCUUUUGUUUUUUUUUCUGAGUAGGAUUUGUAAGUCACCAAAUCCAACCUUACAUUGUUACCUAAAACAGCAACAUUUUGAAACAUGUCAGCAACUAGUAAGUAGUAAUUGAUAGCUAGGAUUAAAAAUAUUUUUUACACAGCUGUUUGUUACAGUAAAACUAAGCCUACAAUGUAAAACAUUUCUCUAGAAAUUAUAGAAAGCUGUUUGCCAGUAACUUACUGUAGAUUUUACAUUUAUGUUAUUUACUGGCAAUAGUUUGUUCAAAGUGAAAUAAACAUUAAACAUUUUCAGUCUUUAUCUUCUACAGUAAGUUACUGGCAACCAGCUGCAUAAUUACAGCUAUUUUUUACAGCCUCCUGUUAAAAAAUCCUGAUAUUUUACUCACCCCCCAUGUCAUCCAAGAUGUUUAUUUCUUUCUUUGUUCAGUCAAAAAGAAAUUAAGUUUUAUGAGGAAAACAUUCGAGGAUUUUUCAGUUUAGAGUUUCAGCGAAGCUUCAAAGGGGUCUAAACAAUCCCAACAGAUGCAUAAGGGUCUUAUCUAGCGAAACAAUCGUCAUUUUCUCCCAUUUUUUUUUU